UAUUUUGAAACCCCCUCUCCGGAAGUACCGUGUGUUCUCACCGUGUGUGUGUGUGAGCGGCUCCGGGAGACUCGGACGGGAAGAGGAGACACCGUAUCCGUGAGGGACCGAUUAAAAAACAAACGGAAAGACACCGGGGUAUUGUCAGGUGAAGACCGUCCACACACACACACACACACACACACACACACACACACUUGUCUCCGGUGUACCGUGGAACCGUCGACCCGCUCCAGGAUGUCCGGGCAGAGCAUUACGGACCGGAUCACCGCCGCUCAGCACUCGGUCACCGGCUCGGCGAUCUCCAAGACCGUGUGCAAGGCGACCACGCACGAGAUCAUGGGGCCCAAGAAGAAACAUCUGGACUACUUGAUUCAGUGCACGAACGAGAUGAACGUGAACAUCCCUCAGCUGGCUGACACGCUGUUCGAGAGGACCACCAACACCAGCUGGGUGGUCGUCUUCAAGUCGCUCACCGCCACGCACCAUCUCAUGGUCUACGGGAACGAGAGAUUUAUACAAUAUCUGGCUUCAAGGAACACACUAUUCAACCUCAGCAAUUUUUUGGACAAAAGUGGCCUACAAGGCUACGACAUGUCAACGUUCAUACGGAGGUAUAGCCGCUACCUGAAUGAGAAGGCCGUGUCCUACAGACAAGUCGCCUUCGACUUCACUAAAGUGAAAAGAGGGUCUGACGGAGUGAUGAGAACCGUGAACACGGAGAAGCUCCUCAAAACCAUCCCCAUCAUCCAGAAUCAGAUGGACGUGUUGCUGGAUUUCAAUGUCAACGCCAACGAACUGACAAACGGUGUGAUCAAUGCAGCCUUCAUGCUUCUGUUCAAAGAUGCGAUCCGACUGUUUGCAGCGUACAACGAGGGAAUAAUCAACCUGCUGGAGAAAUACUUUGACAUGAAGAAAGUCCAGUGCAAAGAAGGACUCGACAUCUACAAGAAGUUCCUUACACGAAUGACGAGAAUCUCCGAGUUCCUCAAAGUUGCAGAGCAAGUUGGAAUCGAUCGAGGGGACAUCCCAGAUCUGUCUCAGUUUACAGUUUGUGCCCCCAGCAGCCUGCUGGACGCCCUGGAGCAGCACUUGGCCUCUUUAGAGGGAAAGAAAGUCAAAGACUCGACAGCAGCCAGCAGGGCGAGCACCCUCUCCAACGCCGUCUCCUCCCUCGCCAACACCGGCAUAUCUUUCACCAGAGUGGACGAGAGGGAAAAACAGGCGGCCCUGGAAGAGGAGCAGGCUCGCCUAAAAGCAUUAAAAGAGCAGCGUCUGAAAGAGCUCCAGAAGAAUCCCAAUGCGGUGACCACGGACUCCUCCCCUGUCUCCACAAUCGGCGGGACCAUCAACUCAGCCCCUGCUAUCGACCUCUUCUCCACCCCCAGCUCCACCAACAGCAACUCCAAGGCAGCCAGCGACCUGCUGGACCUGCAGCCGGCUUUCCAGCAGCCACUGCCCAUCUCCACCUCCAACACAUGGGGAGAUCCUUUCACCUCCGCUGCAGAAGCCGUAGAAGAAUCCAUUCCAAACUCAAACCCUUUCCUCACACUACCCGUUGUCGAUGCUGUCCUCCCGUCCACAGCGUCUUCGGACGCUGGCAGCCUGUCCUCUAGGACACCGAGCCAUGAACUGUUCGAUCAUUACAAUCCAUUUUUUGACUCGAGCUCUUCCCUGGCGUCUGAUCUUGACUCUGCCGCACAGUUAGAGACGUUUAUCACAGACUCCUUCUGUGGGCCAAGCCCUUACAACACCACUCCUCUCUUCCAAUCUGAGCCCCCUGCCAUAGCUGGUCUAUUCAGAGGGUUCACGGCCUCCCCGACAGCCCAGCAGCCACAGAACUCUCGAGGCCUUAACGUCGACUUUGAGUCAGUUUUUGGCAACAACACCAACGGCAACAACCUGGAUCCUACAGAUGUUUUAGGUGGCAUCCUCAAACCUACAGUGGCAUCCUCACCCAAUCAGGUCAUGACCCCGAAUGGCCAGCAGCUCCACAAACUGGUGUCCAACGACCUCGACUCGUCACUGGCCAAUCUUGUUGGAAAUCUGGGAAUUGGCAACGGAGCACCAAAGAACGAUCUCCACUGGAGUCAGCCCGGUGAGAAGAAGCUGACAGGUGGGACCAACUGGCAACCCAAGACGGCGCCGUCCACCACCUGGAACCCUGCGACCAUGGCACCAUCUGUCAUGGCUUUCCCUGCAACCACACCGACGGGCAUGAUGGCAUAUGCAAUGCCUCCUCACAUGGGCUCCGUGAUGAUGACGCAGCCAACCAUGAUGUACACCCAGCCCGUGAUGAGGCCCGCCAACCCGUUUGGCGCCAAUCCAGGUGCACAGAUGCAGUUUAUGUAACCCGAGGACGGGUUGGGAGUCUUUCCCGUUUUGAAGAUGAUUCACGACAAAGUCAAACUAUCCAAGCGGCAAACGAUGCAGUUUGCUUCCAAUGAACUCACCUCGCUCUCUCUCUCUCUCUCUCUGUCCGAGAACGAAAGGCCCAAAUAAGACUUGUUGAAUAAAAAUCACUGGUGACCUUGGAGCCGCUCUGGCCACCUCAGAGAGGCAUCAGCAGUGGACACUGUGCCCGUCUAGUCAUGUCUAAGUCAUAAGAAGGAGAUGAAGAGUGCGUGCUGCCAUUCAAAACCCACGUGGGACGGGGAUCAGCCCUACACUGCAUCCUGGACUAAGAGAAACACAACACCCAGAGGGAAGAGAGCGUCCGGACACCGUCUGUACUCAUGGGGAGGGGGGUCGGGUUGUUGUCACACUGUUUGGCCUUUUUUUGUUCCUCUUUCUCCAGGUGAGGCUGAGAGAGUCACUUCUUUUUGAUUUAUCAAUCAUGAUUUAGCUUCUUAAAGAAAAUCCCCAGAUUAGAAAAAAAAGAAUUGCGACACCACACCUUUUUGUUUUCUUUCUCUUUUUUUUUUAUGUAUUGUUUGCAGUAGACAUUCCUUGUGUAUUGUUUGUAUUUAUUUAUGAUUACUUGCAGAGAGGAUGGCAUAAAAAAAAAAAUGUAAAUGUAACUAGUCACCGACCUCCCUCCUCGUGGAUGGUCUUCAGGUUUAUAUACAUAGGUAUGAUUGAUUGUAGAAUUGGAUUUUGAGUGAUUGAGAUGAUUUUUUUUUUUUUUUAAAAGAAGAAGUUAAUAUAAAGUUUAAAGAGAUGACAUGUUUUGCUGUUGGGGGGAGGUGGGCACUAAAAUAUUCUCUGUACUCGGACGACGCCUCGCGCAGUUCGCCGUGGCUCGCGUCCUGCGUAUGAACGUGAUAAUUCAUCAACGCCGUCAGAUUCGGUGGGCUCGAUUUCUAUGAAUUUGGCGCGGGAACAUUUUUCACAUCAACAAAAAAAAAUAAAAAUAAAAGCACUACAUUUUGUGAUCGAGGCAACAUUGCAUUGGAAAGGAAAAUCUGCAUUUAUGCUUAUGACGCUUUUGGCAUGCCAUUUAUUCUUACAUUUAACAAAGCUGCUGGCUGCCCGUUUUCUUUUGUUUUUUCUUCCAACUUGAAUGUGCGGGGUCGCUUUCAUGCUCAGAUCAUGUUUCCACAGGCGAGCACUGGUGCGUGGGUUCAUGUGAUUCUGGUCAGGGGUGGGUGUCGAGGGAUCGGGUGGGUGCGCAGGAGAAUAGAGCACUGUUGAUCGGUGCUUUGUGUAUAUAAAACUUAAUCCUGCCAAUCACAGGAAAGGCUGGGUGCAGGUAUGAAAAGAUGGUCUGAACAUAAAAGCGGCCCUUGAUUCAUUAACUGAGCAUAUUUUCUGCAUUGUCCCUGCAGAUUAUAUUUUUGUUUGUUUGAUUUUUUCCAAUAAAGUGCAAGCUUCCACA